CCCGGUGCAAGGGCUCAGGGACAAGCGUGGACGGACGGAGGAGGGACAGGAAAGCGUGACCGGCAGCGUGUGCCGGGAGGGAAAGGCAGGGUCUGGCUCUCCCGGCCCCGUAAGGCCUCUGGUAUCCGGCCGGGGCGAGGAGGCUGCGGUGGGACCCACAGCGUUGGGGACAGGCUGGUGGCCCGUGCCGGGGCUGGGUGGCUUUGGCAGGUGGCUCUGCCCCGGGAAGGGGAGGAGGCUGCCCGGCACUCCCAGCCCGCCUGGCAUCCCUCUCUGCCACCCCGCGAUGCUCCAGUCCCGGCUCAGCCUGGCAGCAGCGCAGGCAAGGAGGGCACCCCAGGCUGGGCGAGGACAUGGAGGAGGACAACCAGACGGAGACCUGGCACCGAAGCCUCCAGGCGGUGCUUAAUGCCUUGAACCAGACGCUGCACGGGGUUGUCCUCUGCCCCACCGACUGCCCUGCCACCGCCACUGCUGCCCCGUGCAACGCCAGUGCCCAUGCUGGCCGUUCCGGCCGCAACGACAACGCCUACAUGUACAUCCUCUUCGUCAUGACGCUCUUCGCUGCCACGGUGGGGAGCCUCAUCCUGGGCUACACCCGUUCCCGCAAAGUGGACAAGCGCAGCGACCCAUACCACGUCUACAUCAAGAACAGGGUCUCCAUGAUCUGAGCCCGGCCCCGGCGCCUCGUCCCGCAGGAGCCGGUGGGUUUGGGGCCAUGUUGUUGCUGUGCAUCCCCACUGCUUGCGGGAUGGGGCAGCGCUGCCGGCCAGCCUGGCCCCAAAGCUGCUGGGAAAACCCCCGCCGGUGUCCCUGUGGGGGUGCUCAGCCCCGGUGUGAGCACUGCGGGGAUGCCCUGGCAAGGCUACGGCUCCUGGCUGGCAGGAGCUGGCAGGGUGCGACCCACGGGCGCAGACUGGUCCCGCAGACCCACCUCAGCUGAGCCCUGGCGGGUCAGCGAUGGCUUAUUUCCCACCGUGGCCUGUCGAGGCUGGCAGGGGCCUUCAAGAAGAAAAAUUCACCAUUUCCCUGCUCAGACCGGCCAGCGUGGACCUCCGUGGGCUCCCAGCAGCUUCAUGACAUGGGCUAGCGGGCUUUUCUGGUGCUAAAACCCUGUAAUUUUUGAGCUGGGCCGGGCCCCGCUUCUCUGGCGGGGAAUUAAAGGAGGUGGUGGUUUCCA